AUGCAGGCAACGUGCCCCUUCUUGGAGGACAAUGUACUGGCGUUGCUAAUUGCCGUAUUCACACUAGUGUCAUACCUGGGAUACUUGCACUGGUGGCGCUUGGUUCCACGCCUAUUUUACCCAGAAGAGAGUAAACUAGAGAAACAAAUCGCGCAGCUGCGGGAAGAGGCGGAGAGGUUUAACACCACCGAGCAAUUGCAUAUUCACGGCAGGAUUACCCGGAAUGUUCAGUUGCUCAUGAAACGACUUGCACUGGCACGUAAGCACCGUUGUGUCCUCCAUUGUUGCCGGAACACCAGUCAAACGGUAAAUGAUACACAUAGGAUAGCAUUCUUGCAGAAUUGCUAUGGUUUUUUAUGCUUAAAUACUCCCACUGCAAUAGGCUUCUUCAUAUCCUUUGGGUUUAUGAUCCCGAUGCUAUGCAUCUACGGGAAUCGUCCAGCCGUUGUCGUUUUUUCACACUGUUUUCGUCACUGUGUGCCGUCUCCCAUGAAGUGGGCAGACAAAGUAGCGAUGACGGUGUUACUUGGUCCACUGCUGUGGGCCUCACCGAGCCCCGGCGUUGACCCUGACGGUGCUCUGGAAGGGCCCAGCCACAAGUGUUUGUUUCUGCAAGGGAGUAACCUGAGCGUCAGUAGCUCUGCAAUGUCUGACGUUGAGGGGAGGGGUGUCGCAAUGGCGGCGGCCAACGCGGGGGAGGAUGAACUCAAGAGCCUCGGACUCGUGUCUUGGUUCCUGGUCUGCUACAUCGCGGUCCGCCUCUCACACCGCGUGCUCUCGCAGCGUUAA